AUACCCAACCCGUUGUAUAUGCUUCCUAUCAUCUUCCCCGGCGUCGCCUUGUCGUCAGAGAUCUUCCAUUUUCAUCGGGUGGACUAUGGUCAUUCACUCUCAAUCUACAUUUCGUCUCACCGCUUUCACUUCAGCAGCCUGGUAACGCCCUGGCCUCUUAAAUCCAGCGCACCUCGAAAUUUCGCUGCAUCACCAUCUACGUUUUCCCCACAUCAACACCCCACACAGGCCACUGACUUCAUACUCACAACCCCAACCAAUCUCUUACAAUCCACGCUCUCACCAUUUCGACAUCCCCACCACCCGGGACGAUCCGCCCUUCACCAUGACCUACAACAAAAUGAAAAGCGCCGACCUCGAAGAGCUCCUCAAACUGCGCGGUCUCCCGGGCGGCGGCAGCAAGAUCCAGAUGGUAUCCCGCCUUGUCAAGCAAGACCAGGAGGAUGCCGCGGAAGAAAAAGCCAUCGCCACGAGGGUGAAGGCUGCCAUGGGGGCGCCGACGCCGAAUGGCUCAGCCGGUGGAAGUACAACAGCGGGCUCGGGGACGCAGGGCACAGUGGACGGUGCAGAAGCUAAGAAUGGGGGGAGGAAGCGCGCGGGAAGGGCUGAACGGAAGAGGAAGAAAGAGGCUAGGGAGAAGGAGGCGCGAUCUACGACUAUCGGCCAACCCGAGGCGGAGAUGAACACACGCACACCGGACGACCAAGAUGCGUAUAUCAAGUCGCUCUUGACUGGGACUCCUAGCUCCACGGCACGCCACUCUAGCCGCUCCGAGGCGGGCGAAGGCAUCAUUGUGCAGAUGACCGAGGCUUCGACAUCGGCCAAAGCCUUCCCAACCACUCCAAGGAAGAUCGUCCAUUCUCACCAAUCACAGAAACACGAUACCGAGGAGAAGGACGGCUUCGCAGCAACUGUGGUCGUCCUUUCCUCCCUCCUCGCUGCCGUAGCUGCUAUCUUCCUGCUCGGCGGCUUCACGAUGAAGGACAUCCGCGACGCCGCCGCUUUCCUUGCUUUAGCAGCCAAACAUCCACGGCCGGCACUGCGGGAAGCUAUCUGGGGCGUUACUACCGCAGCCCGCACGCCUGCUGACGAGACGGCGUUCGACCGGGUGAAGAGGCUCUGUGGUUUCAUGCGCGAGAGAGUGCCAGUGGGUCUUGGAGCGAAGCAUGCGUACCGGGUAGUUGUAGCGUGGCUGAGCAAGUUAUGGGCGUAGUUAGCUCCUCCGGGAGAAUUCGGGGAUCAAGCUCGUGGGAUUGAGGGAUGGUUGUGGGGAUGAGCCAUGGGGAGUAAAGAGAUGGUAGCGGCGGAGGUCCCCUUU